CGCAUUCAAUGUCGUCAUCAAAAUUCGCCAGUGUGUUUCCCUGGGUUUCCGGUGUUUGUUUCGGUUGAAUCGACGUACCAUUUUCUAUGUUUUAUAUAUUUGUUAAAUCCGUUUAAUGUGGUCUACAUGCUGCUACGUUAUGUAGACUACUUACCAACAACAGAUUGAAGCUGACCACCGAUGUCAGGGUGUACAACCACAAACUUACGGCGUGUGUUUGGCUAGCAGUGGCCACGAGAGCAACUCUGCAACAAGGUUUGUGAUGACAGUGUGCAGCCAUGAAUGGCCUGAUCAGAUUCACUGCUGCCAAAGAGACAAGUGGGUGCUGGCUGGGAAGCGACAGGAGGAGGCGCCUGGAAGACUGGCAGAGCAUUAAAAGUGGAGAGGAGGCCAGGCAUUUUUACCAGAGUCUUAUAGAGGAGGGAAGCACAGCGAGGGAGGGCAGGAGGGAGAAGAGGAGGAGGACCACCGACCCUGAAAGGGCGCACGGCAGCAGGAGGGAGCAGCCCCGCCCCACCGCCGUGGCCUCUGAGAGGGACGGACACAGGCUGCUGAAAUGCGCCCAAGAAGGAGAUCUGCCUGGACUCAGGGAGCUACUGGAGAAGAAGGGAUGCGACAUAAACUUUAAGGACACGUAUUACUGGACGGCCAUCAUGUGCGCAAGCUAUGCGGGGCAGCGGAGGGCCGUGAGGCUUCUUCUGGACAAGGGCGCGGCUUGGGUCGGGGUGGUGGACACUCAGGGUCGAGACGCGCGCGACUUGGCUGACCAAGCUGGUCACGUGGAGGUGGUGAGAGAGCUGGAUAGCUAUGGUGUUCGUUCAGACACGCCCAGAAACACAAGAAGUGUCUCUGCCUCCCAGCCCCAGUGGUGUUCGGUCUGUGGGACCCAGUACAGCGAGAGCAUGGAAACACACCAGAGCUCCACUCUACACCAGUUCAGCCUGCGUCGACCUCCACCCACCCCCCAGUACUGCCUUCCCCCCUCUAGCGCCGGCUACCGCAUGAUGCUCCGUGAGGGCUGGGACCCAAGGGUGGGGCUGGGGCCUGAGGGGGUGGGCCGAAAGGACCCCAUCCAGACGGUGCUGAAGAGGGACCAGGGAGGGCUGGGCUACGGCCCCGCCCCCAAAGCCCGCGUCACGCACUUCAAGGCCAAGGACGCGCAGGCAGUGAAGCGGGUUCCCAAGGGCCGCAUGGAGAGAGGGGCCACACUGGGACGCAGGGCUGAGAGGAGACAGGAAGAGAAGGACAGGAACUGGGAGCGGGACUUUCGCACAUCCUUCGAUCUUUAAUCUGUUUUCCAACAUAAAUGUACAUUCUAGUUCAAGUGGGAUUGUCUGGCAAAGGUGCUACCUCUUUUACAUGCAUUUAUUUUAAUAAAACAAUUGGUUACUUUAUGUUACAAGUAUAUAUUUUUUGAUUCAGCGAGCAGCUAAACAUUUCUGUGUGAUCAGUGGCACAGUAGGGUGAUAGUACUUGAUUUUUCAAGACCCAGUGUACUGUAACAGACUGCCUAAUGCUGUCAGUGAUUGGAAGCAUCUUCAGGUUCAUCUUGCAGCUCAAAGGCAUUACUCCUGUUUAGAGUAGUUCAUAUUUCUGUGACAAUAUAUUUAUCUAAAAAAAAAAAACCUUUGAUUUGAAAUAUGAGGGGGCUAAGAAAUGUGGAUUGUGUAAAGGAGUCAUGUUCAUAGAAAUAAUGAGUUUGUGUAGUUUAAAGUAAUUGUUCAGAGAAAAGAAAAUAUUAGUUAUGGUAGUUAUUUUACUAGUUACUGGGAGUUAUUUUGUGGUCUUAAAAAAAUAUU